AUGGAGGCUAUUCUAUCGGAUCCAGAACCGGUUCGGGUCAAGAGGAAAACUCUUCAAACCGUUUUGGAACAGUGUCAGCGAGCCCUUGAACUCAUCAACAACGCUUCCGAUCAAGACGACGGCGAUGUUUCUGAUUCUAACGAUGAAAGUCUCCCUUCUACACCUCCCGAUCAAGAAGCCGAUCAGUUGUGUGACUUGCUCAAAUCAAGACUUGAGUGCCCUGAUUUCCUUGAGAAGUUAGAGUGUGCACAGGCGUCUGUUUAUCAGAACACAGUUGAAGAAGGAAGUUCUUGGGAUUUGGUCAGUGAAAAUGAUCUUUGGGAAGGUGUUGAUUCUGAGGAAGAAGAUUAUGUUCUUGUUAGACAAGAUGAUAUAGUGGAGGGAAUUGCUUGCUUUAUGGCUGCCUAUUUGUUGUCGCUUAAGAAAACCAAGGAUUUGACUCCAAAUCAACUCCAGGAUGCACUCAGCAAGACAUUUUCGGUGAAAAAGAAAAAGGGAAAGCUUCGAAAGGCCUGGGAUGGGAGCAAAGUUAUUUAUAAUGUUGCAUCAUGGGGGGCUACAGCCAUAGGGAUAUAUCAAAAUCCUGUUAUUCUAACGGCUGCAACUAAAGCAUUCUGGACUUCUUGUCAAGUGAUAUCAAAGCUAAUCUGA